UCCUCGUCUUUUCAACGCGCAAAAUAUCAAAUUUGACCUUCCGAAGAAACCCUUUAUAUAUUUUUCUCUCGGCGUUUUGUUCUUUUCCCGUUUCCCAAACCGGGCUUUUACGAUUGCGAAAAUUCGAUCCCGUUCGGACUUUCAGCGGCAGUGUUUUGUUUUCCGAUCUCGAGAGCGUUGAUUGGCCGUCUCCAUGUCCGCGGCGACGCCGUCUUACUGGUGCUACAGAUGUAGCCGCUUCGUUAGGGUCUUCAACGACGCCGACGCUUCCACCGUCUCCGCCGUAUCUUCCUCAGUGUUGUGCCCGGACUGCGAGAGUGGCUUCGUGGAGGAGAUCAACAACCCGACCCGCUUCGGAAACGUGGACUCGCGCCGCAGCAGGAGGUUCCCAGCUGCCGCGAUGUACAUGGUUGGAGCCAACAAUGGCUCCGGUUCCAAUCCGGAUCAUACCGCUUCCGGUCCUUCGGGACCUCGAAGAGUUCGACGAAACAACGGCGACCGCUCACCGUUCAAUCCAGUCAUCGUCCUCCGCGGAACAACGGCGGACAACGCCGCCACCAUCGAGGAAGGCCGCGGAUUCGACCUUUUUUACGACGACGGCAGCGGCUCGGGGCUCCGGCCCUUGCCUGCAAGCAUGUCCCAGUUUUUACUCGGGUCCGGGUUCGACCGCCUACUCGAACAGCUGUCGCAGAUUGAGAUCAAUGGAAUCGGCGGAUGCGAGCAGAGAUCGGCGUCGAGAUUGGCGAUUGAUUCGAUGCCGACGAUCAAACUCGACGACGCUCACAUAACGGCGGAGCAUCACUGCGCCGUGUGCAAAGAAGCGUUCGAAGUAGGCACGGAAGCUCGGGAAAUGCCCUGCAAACAUAUAUACCACUCCGACUGUAUACUGCCGUGGCUUGCGCUCCGGAAUUCGUGUCCUGUAUGCAGACACGAGCUGCCGGCCGAUUCGUCGCCCGAGACGGGUCAGCAGGAAGACGAAAACGCGGGUCUUAUGAUCUGGAGGCUGCCUGGGGGCGGAUUCGCGGUGGGGAGAUAUAGCGGGGGGAGAAGAGGCGCCGAGAGAGAGCUGCCGGUGGUGUAUACCGAGAUGGACGGCGGGUUUAGCGGCGGCGGAGCUCCGAGGAGGAUUUCGUGGACGAGAAAUGGUGGAAGACGGAGACAGAGCGGUGGGUUGAGGAGGUUUUUUAUGAAUCUGUUUGGUUGUUUUAACGGGGGUGGGUCGUCGGCAGCGAGUUUGGUUUCGGGUUCGGAAAUGAGGGUUGGGGCGCCGACGCCCCCUCCGUCGACGAGUCAUCAAAGACUGAGGUUUAUGGAAUUGGAACCGGCGGAGACGUCGACGCCAAGGCGGCGGAGGACUUGGUCUAUGGAGGUGAAUAGCGGUAUUGUGAGAUGGUGACACGUGGAAAAUGUAGUCGUUUCCGUUGGUUGAUUCACUCGUGCUGUAAAUAUUGGGGGGAAAACGAGUGAAUGUGAAGGACCUUUUGAGCUCACGAUUUGGCCGAUUAAUUGACGUUUAAUUGAGCUGUGGGAAAAGGGCCUGAAAAUCCCCAAGAAAUUACUAAAGCUAGUUAAAGUAAAAUCCAAGAGAAAAGCAGAAAAAAAUGGAGAAGGACCUCCAGUUGAGAUUUCAAGUUUUCAGGGACUGAAAUCUAAAAUCAGAAUUUAGAUUUGGUGCUUUUUCAUAGAUGUAUUCUAUUAAAAACGUCUUUCAAUUUUCAUGAAUUUGUAAUUUUUAGGUAGACUCAGUUUGUUAUUUUCAUAAUACUCCCUUCCUACUUCCUAGCAUAGUACCUGUCAUUAUUUUUUCAAAAAAUGUAUAAUGCCUAAGGUAUAACCAUUUUUUGUUCGGUAAAUUCUACCAUACGACAAUGUAUGCAAUAUUGUUUAUGUAAUAUAUAUAAUAGUUUAACUAUA